UUGACGUUUAUUGUCAAUAUUUAGAAAUUAGGUUGGAAUUCCAAAAAAUAUAUUGGGAUCAAAGUACCAAUUCCAUUCCAUAUAGUAAUAAUUUAUAUGGGAAGUGAAAUAAUAAAUGCAAAGGAAAAUGCCAUAUUCAAUUUUUUCGUCUAUGAGGGGAGUUACCAAACUUCGCACUAUUUCAAGGCACUACUCUGAUAAUUUCCCAAAAAUUACUACCCACUAUACAGUCCACCCCAGAGAUAAGGAUUCACGCUGGAAAGAUGUUCCUAUGGAAAGGUUCUCGGAUGAAACCGACAUAUUGAUAGUAGGAGGCGGUCCAGCAGGUUUGUGUGCUGCUAUAAGGGCAAAACAGCUUGCUGAACAAAAUAAUAAAGAAAUUAAGGUAACAGUUGUUGAAAAAGCAUCGCAGAUUGGAGGUCAUACUUUAUCCGGCGCUGUUAUCGAGCCUCAUGCACUGAAUGAGUUGAUACCAGAUUGGAAAGAAAAAGGAGCUCCUUUGAAUACUCCGGUAAAAGUUGACAGAUUUGGAUUUUUAACUGAAAAAGGGAGAAUAAGUCUGCCAGCUGUUAAAGGAACACCUAUGUACAACCAUGGAAACUAUAUUGUGAGGUUAGGUCACGUUGUACAAUGGUUAGGUGAGCAGGCGGAAAGUAUGGGUGUUGAAAUUUAUCCUGGUUAUGCAGCUUCGGAAGUAUUAUACCACGAAGAUGGCAGCGUGAAAGGUAUCGCAACAAACGAUGUCGGCAUUGCUAAGGAUGGCAGCCCAAAAGCUAAUUUCGAGAGAGGAAUGGAACUUCACGCCAAAUGUACAAUAUUCGCAGAGGGCUGUCACGGCCAUUUGUCGAAACAAAUAAUAAAAAAGUUCAACCUAAGAGCGAAUGCUGAACCUCAGACUUAUGGCUUAGGAAUCAAGGAAAUGUGGGAAAUCGAUCCUUCAAAGCACGUUCCUGGAACAGUCGAACACACAUUUGGUUGGCCCUUAGACCCUCAUACCUAUGGUGGAUCUUUCCUCUACCACUUGAACGAUACGUCUCCCCUGAUUGUUGUUGGUUUCGUCGUUGGUUUAGACUACAGCAAUCCUUAUAUAAGUCCGUUCAAAGAAUUCCAAAGGUUUAAACAACAUCCUUCUGUGAGAUCGAUCUUCGAAGGCGGAAAAAGAAUAGCCUAUGGGGCACGAGCGAUAAACGAAGGAGGUUUUCAGUCGAUACCCAAACUCACCUUCCCUGGAGGAUGUUUGGUUGGAUGUUCUGCUGGUUUUCUGAAUGUACCUAAAAUUAAAGGUACUCACAACGCAAUGAGAAGUGGUAUGCUGGCAGCUGAAAGUAUUUAUGAAACUAUACAAAAUGAGCAAACAGAGACUGCAGGUUAUGAGCCUAAAAUUUAUGAAGAUAAAAUCAAAAAUAGUCCGAUUUGGAAGGAACUCAAAGCAGUGAGAAACAUCAGACCAAGUUUUCACAACAGAUUUGGUUUAUAUGGAGGUGUAGCCUACAGUGGAUUCUCAAUUCUUAUUGGCGGAAGAGAACCUUGGACCUUAUCCCAUGGAGCUCCGGACCACACUCGUCUGAAACCAGCCUCAGAGUGCAAGAAAAUCGAAUAUCCCAAGCCUGAUGGGAAAAUCAGUUUUGAUCUUCUAUCCUCUGUGGCUUUGAGCGGUACCAAUCAUGAAGGUGACCAACCAGCUCAUUUGACUUUAAUGGAUGAUACAGUUCCUGUGAAAACAAAUCUGGCAAUCUAUGAUGGACCUGAAUCAAGGUUUUGCCCUGCAGGUGUUUAUGAAUAUGUCCCCUUAGAAUCGGGUGAAGGAGAAAGGCUUCAAAUCAACGCCCAGAAUUGUGUUCAUUGUAAGACUUGUGAUAUCAAAGAUCCCACGCAAAAUAUCAAUUGGGUUGUACCAGAGGGAGGUGGUGGACCAGCUUACAAUGGAAUGUAAAUUACAAGUGUCGUGAUAUAAGUAGAAAAAAAAAUUAUGAAAUUUCAUUUACGCAUUAUGCAAUAGUGUUUUUAAAAUUGAUUUUAUAUUACCAUUUUUAUGAAGGGUUUCCUGUUUGAAUGAAAUUGUACAUAUAUUACAUACAGUCACAACAUAUACAUAUUUUUAUACAUUAAUGAUGUUAAUUUUGAUAUUACCUAAAAUAAAAAAACUAUUUUGAAAAUUU